CACCCUGCUCUUUACUGUUCCGGGAAAUGUUCUUCCCUACUGCUGCUGCUCAACCUACAGGACAGACCAGAGAGAACAGACGGGCAGGCCGCCGAACAAAUUCAUAUUAAACACAAACCUAACCGAAACUCUUCAGUACUUUGGAGUUUUUUGAAAACAGAGAGGACUUUCCGACACCGCAAAGACUUCUAGUUUUUCCAUUUUACCGCUAAGAAAUAUUAGGUUACGACCAGACUGUUUCUUUCGUUGACAUCUCAUAGUUGGUAAAAUGUCCAGGUCAGACUACCCUCCAGGGUACGAUGACUCCCGGAACCUGCUAUAUGCACCUCAGGGUGGAAAUUACCCACCACCCCCUGCGUAUGGCUUCCCUGGCUUUGGUGGUCCCCAGCCAGGCCAGCCCUCUGCUCCCUACCCCGCUGGUCCAAACGCUCCUGUGUAUCCAGGCCAGCCUGGGGGCUAUCCUCAGGGUCAGCCAGGGGGCUAUCCUCAGGGUCAGCCAGGGGGCUAUCCUCCCGGCCCUUACCCAGGACAGCCUCACCCUGGUGGGCCUCCACGAGCUGGCUACCCCAGUCACCCUCCCAUGCCGCCUGUCAUGCCACCUACCAUACCAUCAGAUAUCCUGAGCUCGGGUGAGGAGUUUGCGGCAAGCGACAGCGGUUGGGACAGUCUGAGCAUUCGUCAUGCCUUUAUCCGAAAGGUGUAUUUGAUUUUGGCGUCUCAGCUCCUUGUCACCACAGCCAUUGUGGCCGUAUUCACAUUUGUCCAACCUGUCAGAUCCUUCGUACAGAAAAACCAAGCUAUCUACUGGGCAUCAUAUGCUGUGUAUAUUGUCACCCACCUUGUGCUGGUCUGCUGUAAGGGCCCCCGGAGAAAGUUCCCAUGGAACGUCAUUCUGCUGUUCCUCUUUACCCUGGCUUUGUCCUACAUGACUGGAUCCAUUUCCAGUUACUAUGAUACAAAAGCAGUGUUUCUCGCUCUGGGGAUCACUGCCGUCGUCUGCAUCGCUGUCACCGUCUUCUGCUUCCAGACAAAGGUGGACUUCACCAAGUGCCAGGGCCUCUUCUGUGUCCUGGGAAUUGUGAUGUUGGUGACUGGCAUUAUUGCAACUAUUGUGCUGUCAUUCAAAUAUAUUCUGUGGCUUCAUAUGCUUUAUGCAGCGAUGGGAGCCAUAGUGUUCACUAUGUUCCUAGCGUACCACACGCAGCUGCUGAUAGGGAACAGGAAGUACUCCAUCAGCCCAGAAGAGUACGUGUUUGCCGCGCUCUCCAUCUACGUUGACAUCAUUCAGAUUUUCCUUUUCCUGCUGCAAAUUAUCGGUGCCUCGACCAAAUAAGUGCACACAAGGGUACACAAGCAACUUGGGUCAACAGAGUGCAGAUUAACACCUCCAAAACCAUUCUGUGCCUUUUUUUUUUUUUUUUUUUUUUAAACCUUUUGCUUUGUUUUCAGCCAGAAUCAGAAUACAUUUUUAAAAUCAUGAUGCACUCCGGUGAAAAUGUCUUAGGCAUGAAUUUGAGAUUUGGUCAUAGGUUAAUCCUAUGACCAAAAAGAUUUCUUUUCCCUGAAAUUAAUAUUUGUGUGUUUCUGUAUUAAGCAACUUAUCAGUGGUUUAAAAAGAAUAUUAAUACUACAGUAUAAAUACAGCAAAUACCUUUAGACACUGGAUUUAAGUUGAGGCAGACAGCGUCUCAACCUUUCUUCUCUGCAUGUACAAACUGUGGCCAAUCUGUAUAUAUGUUGAGAAAAUGGGCAACCAUGUUUAUUUUAUGUUCAACCUCCCAAUUUGCCAACAAAGAGGCCCAUCUCUCUGGUUGACUUUGAAGUACAGUAGGAGGGGUUGGCAAUACCAGAAAAUUGGUUUCCGAUACCAAGUAACAUCAGGGCCAGGAUCGUUUUUAAUACCGAUACUGAUACGCUUUAUCUUUAUUUAUUUGUGUAUGAAUCAUUAAUAGGCUACUUCUGAAUAAAUUUUUAUUUACCAAUAAUUAGUUUUUCAAACAUAAGGCAUUAUACGCUGUUUAUAGUUCCACACUUUUCUGAGUUUGAUGAAAGGAUUGUCGGGUUAAAAACAAUUUGCCUACCAGCACUUCUAAAGCUAACCACUUAUCUUAUAAUACCUCAUUUGUUUAAUCCCUAAAAAAAAAACAGUGUAUACUGGACCUUUUCUACUAGUAACUUCCUGAACUCAUUUUUAUAGUAAGGUUUUUGUACAGACUAAACAAACAAGGUAGAAAGGGUUAUUUAGCGAGCUUUAAACGUGCUGGUAGGUUUGUUACUUUUGGACAGACCAGGCUAACCGUUUCCCAUUUUUUUGUCUUUAUGCUAAACUAAGCUAGCCUGUUGCCAGCUCGCUUCAUAUUUAGCAUACAGACGUGAGCGUGAUAUCGAUCACCUUUUAACUCUCAGCAAAUGUAUCAAGUGAAUGAGCAUAGUUCUCAAAAUAUUGGAACUUGUAAUGAUUUGCAUGUCAGAAGGCAAAACAGGCUUUCAUGGUAAAUAGUAAUUGAGAUGUGAAGAGAAGUGUUUAUGUGCAAAAAAACGUGAUGUUACAUGAUGUAACCUUUGCAUUAAUCCUAAUGAUGCUAGUAUGGCUGCUCAAAACUACACUUGGUAUCUGCAGUAUUGAUACUUUAGUGAUAGAUAAAAAGCAAAAACAGCUCAGUACACCUAAUGAUAGCCACUGACCUGCUGUCAUGGCUUCAUAUUGUAACUAUAUAUCAUAACUAUAUGCAUUCUACAUCCCUACAGUGCCUUCACAGGGUGAAGUUUCUGAGUUUAGAUUUUGUAUUUUUUUUUUUACUUUAAGAAGUACAGGGUUAUAUUCCACCAGUGUUUUAUAGUAUUGAUACAUAUGUCUGUUCAUGUAUUCUCGUCCAAUCUGGGUCAGAUACUGAGUGCCAGCAGGGUGGGUUUGUCCAUACAGGAUAACACAAUCGGGGCCAUGGUGUUAAAUUAUUGGAACAUUCCUGAAAGUCAUUGAGUUCAAACCAAUGCGUGUCUAAAAGCUCCUAAAUGAUCAACCCCAACCAGCUGGUCCUCUGCACAUGUUUAUAUUCAGUAUAGACCCAAGUUACAUACAACCCUUGACUCAAACAACUAAGGCAGACAUUUUAAUAUGUGCAGCACAGAUGAUCAGUGUGGGGGUAUGGUAGGGUGAUGAGGAAAAUGUGUUUGCCUUUUCAUAUUAAAUAAACAUUUGUAUUUCAUA